AUGUCGAAACGCGCGUCCAAACGCAGGCACGCAAGCCCAGAGCCGGACCUGAGUCUCACAGAAGGUCUCCCUACCAUCAAGACCCGUCGAUACCCUCCUCGAAAAGACGUCGAAUACCAUGCAACAGGAAGACAUCGGUCGUUGUACGAACAUCCUCCCCCUCCCCGUUCCCCCAAACGUCACCGGCACAGCCGCCAAGUCGAAGCCAAGUCGGACACGGAUGGCGAUCUGAAGAUGAUCCCUAUGCCACCAGGGUCACCCUCGACAGCCCUCGUCCUCAGGACUGCAAGAGCACCGGGCCAUGACCAAGAUCACCGAAAGAAUAACGACGAUGGCGGCUAUUUGGAUAUUGUGAGGCGCCGGCGCCGAAAGCCAAAGGCCGAGCUCGAGCUCGAGCCGGUGAUCAAAAGAGCCUCGAAACGUCGCCGCAGCAUCACAGACGAUGCCAGACACGAGAUACAUCAGCGGCAACAGGACAACGACCUCGUCGUCGACAACUAUCGCUUCCGCAACCACAUCCUGUCCCUCCUGGACGAGCAACGCUCGUCGGUCGAGUCGUGGGCCCGUAGCGUCGGCGUGGGCGGGCCGGCUGAGCCGAUGGACUGGCAGCCCGAGCAGGAGCGGGUCGUGUACAUUGCCCGCGACCUCGUGGAGUACGACUGCUACGAGGAUCGGUGGAGAAUCGGGGGUGGGCAGGAGCAGCAGCAGCAAAUGGAGGACUGGUCGACGGCGCAGCUCUCAUCGGAAUUAGUGUCGUGGGCCGAUCAGACAGAGGAUGGGUCGGCGAUGUGUGGGGCGCCGGUACUUGGUUUAAGUCUUGUGGAUGUGAUUGAGUGA